AUGUCCGUGGCAGAGACUCAAGAGAAUUCGAGCGAAGUGUCCCAACUAAGCACCAGCGAGGAGGUUGGUAGCCAGGAAGACCAACCAACCCUUGUACAACCCUGGCCGUACCUGGAAGAAUUUUUCAAAAUGGUUGGAUGCAAAAACAACUCCUUUCAAAUGCGCUGCAAGCUCUGCGCACCCAAGUACCACGAGCUAAUGGCUUUCAAAAACUCGCCGUCUAAUUUGAAAAAGCAUAUUGAGAAGAAACACCCCACUCGUCUAAAGAGGUACACGCAACUUACUUCAGCAUCCCUCAAAAGGAAGUCAUCCACUGAAGGUUCUUUGGCCCCACCCUCCAAACAAACCAAGCUGUGGGAGACUCAAAGAGUGUCCCAGGCAAGUGUGGAUAAAGUUGUCCUCAAGUUCGUUGUCCAAGGCUUGCACCCGCCACAUGUUGUGCAGCACAGGGCUUCAUUGAUCUUGUGCAACAUCUUCGGCCAAAUACAAAUGUCAUGACACGCAAUACUGUUGUAAACAAAGUCACAAAGGCCUCUAUUGAAAUGAGAAGAAAACUGAAAGCUGCCCUUAGUGAAAUUGAGUUCAUAGCAACAACAACAGACUGCUGGACGGCACACCGUCGCAGUUUCAUUGGUGUCACUGCACACUGGUUUAACCCCCAGACCUUGCAGAGAUCUUGUGUUGCCCUGGCAUGGAAGCAACUUAAAGGGUCACAUACCUUUUCUGCCCUGGCUGGUGCCCUUAAUGAUAUUCACACAGAAUUCAAUAUCAGAGAGAUCGUUCGCACUACAACUGACAAUGGAUCAAACUUCCUGAAAGCCUUCAGAAUUUAUGGGCAGACUGAUGAGAACAACAAUCCUGAACCUGUAGGAGAGAGUGAUGGAGAAGAGGAUGAUGGUGGCCAAAAUGAUGAUGACGAUGAAGAGGAAAGCGUUGAGGGUGUUGAAUUUGUUGAUGCCGGAGCCCUGUUGGAUGAAGAUGACUACUUGGAAUACCAGCUACCCAAGCACCAUCGCUGCGCCUGCCACCUUCUCAAUUUAGUGUCCACAGUUGAUGCUUUGAAAGCAGAGGUCAACCCAUUGUACAAGCGUGUGUCAAGGACCACAUUUGCCAAAUGCUCUAGCCUGUGGAACAAAAGUUCAAGAUCAACCACUGCAUCUGAAGUAAUUAAAGACCACUGCAAACUCCAAUUCUUAAGGCCUGUUGCUACAAGGUGGAAUUCACUCUUCUCAGCCGUAGAAAGAAUAGUGAGAAUAACAAGAGAACAAGGCGAAGGAGCCCUUGCAGCUGUCUGCAGUGAACUAGAUACACCCAAGUUUACUCCAGUGGAACUUGCAUUUCUUGCAGAAUAUGCGAAGACAAUGAGCCCAGUUGCAAAGGCACUUGAUGUUCUUCAAGGUGAAACCAGUGUGCAGAUGGGAUGGUUGGUCCCCACCAUAACUCUACUAAGGACCAAGCUCCAGCAACUUAACAUUGCCUCCAAGUUCUGUGAGCUGCACUUAUUUCAGGCCUUGAAAAACGCUUCGGAGAGAUGCUUACAGAUCCAGAGCUGAUAGCCGCAGCAAUUUUAGUUCCCAAAUUUAAGACCUGCUGGACAAGUGACGAAAAUAUCCUCAAACUUGGCCUUGACUAUAUCAGAAGCCACUUGGACUGUCAGGCCGAGAAUCACAUCAGUGAGGGCUCCCAAUCAUGUGAGGAAGAGGACUUCUUUUCCUCCUUGAAGAAGACCAGCCCUCUUGAAACGACCCAGCAGUUGGAUGCGUACCUGGGGUGCCCAAUAGACAGAGCAGAGGUACUGAAGUCCUUCCCAGCUGUGUGCCAGUUAUCACUUAAGCUUAAUACGGCACUCCCUGCUUCAGCAGCCUGUGAAAGACUGUUUACUGUUGCAGGGCUGAUCUUCAGGCCAAAAAGAGCACACACUGGCUCAAAGAACUUAGAACCAGCUGCUUUUGCGGCUGAACAAAGCCUAUUGGUAACUUUUUGUUGCACAUUCUGUGCUUGACUGAUGUAGAUGCUGAUGUUGAAAGUUGGACCUUGUUGCCAUUAGCUAUAGAACUGAGCAUAAUACAUGAGGAAGGCAUCAAUCAGGAUUGAGGUUUAUAAUUUUUUUUUUUAAUCACUAAGAUUAAUCGUUCAUUUUGACAGCACUAACGUCUACUGUAUAUAGACAACCAUAUAAGUGUAAUUUUUACUAAACCUGCCCUGGGUACACCAAUUUUCUUGUCUUAGUUUUGUUAUCAGUUGCCCUCACAGAUUCCUGCAACUAAGCUUGGAUGUACAUUUAUAUUCCAAUAAAGGUUAUUGAUAACAUGCCUUUGAAGUUUGACUGCAUCAUUGCAAUACUUAUAGGCAACUAGUCAUCAUAUGUUCCGCUCCAUGAACACAUGUUAAUGAUCAGUAGUAUACAUACUGUAUAUGGUUCUUUAAUAUUUGCAUUGUA